GUGCGAGCACUUUCGCCGGGCUGCUGCCUUCCACGCAGCACUCUCGCCGGGCUGCUGCCCUCCAGUAUUACCUCCCUGUACUUCACAACAACAACACUUGACCACCAACCAUGGCAUUCAUUGCCGACUGGACGCAGCUCGGCUCCGAUAUAUUUUACAGGAAGCAUGAGCUCUACAAAAUGGAAUGGGGAGGAGGCAUUAAUCUGGGGGACUUCCUAGUUGCUGCAGCACCUUAUGGGGGCCCAUUGGCUCUUACUCGGGACGAAACAAAAUUCACAAAGACUCAGCAUGCCGGGAAACCUCUGAUAUUUAUCUUCAGUUCUUCUGGAAAGAAAAUCUCUUCCUUUAAAUGGACAAGUGGAUUCCUACUAUCACUUGGGUGGUCACGAAGUGAAGACCUUGUAUGUGUACAGGAAGAUGGUGCAGUGUUGAUCUAUGACAUGUUUGGUACUUAUCAACAUACUUUUAAUUUGGGGCAGGAAGUAAAGGACACACGUAUCCAGAGUGCUCAAGUCUUCACUAGUCACAGGGAGACUGGUGUAGCCAUUUUGAGUAAAUCGAACCGCAUUUUCAUGGUUAAUAAUAUAUAUGAACCUAAAACCAGAAAAUAUCCAGAUAUCCCUGGUGGUGUAGUAGAGUGCUGGUGUAUAGUGAGAGAGGAACGCCAUACCAAUGUGUUGGUUAGCCAAGGUCGUGACCUCCUCCUGCUGAAUCACAUAGAGCUGCGCCCUCAGGCCUUGUACCCGGAAUGGAAUGAGGCUGGUGGCUGCAUUGUGGAAAUGGCCGUGUCUACAAAUUCUCGUCACAUUGCCCUGCUGUCUGACUGUGGCAAGUUGUGGAUUGGUUCUUCAGAUAUCCGGAUUAAAUAUUGUGAAUAUGAUGCCAAGAGUCAAGUUAAGCCUAAACAACUUGCAUGGUGUGGCACAGGUGCUGUGGUGUUGCUAUGGGACAUGACACUUGAAGUAGUGAGCGUUAAUGGUGAUGCUACAAGUUACUACCUAGAUUCUACUUCACAUCUUGUACAAGAGGCAGACGGAAUGAGGGUAUUAGGUAGCAUUAGCCAUGACAUGCUACAGAAAGUACCGUUAGUUGUGUCAGAGACUCUAGGCAUUGGCUCCAUGGCUCCAGGUGCUCUGCUUCUUGAAGCAGCCAAAGGUUAUCAGGAAAGAAGUACACGAGCCAAUGACUGUUUGGGCAUGAUUGAGGACUCGAUGGAAGAAGCAGUCAACCAGUGCCUACAGUCUGCACAGCAUGAAUACUGUUCACAAGCCCAGAAGAUGCUACUCAGGGCCGCACUCUUUGGGAAAAGCUUCAUCCCUGAGAUGAACCCAGAACCCUGCAAGAAAACCAUAUUUACUCUAAGAGUUCUUAAUGCUGUGCGGGAUUACAGAGUAGGACUGCCACUAACUUGGAAUCAGCUUGAGCACCUCACACUCCCGGUGCUCUUGGAUCGCUUGGUGUAUCGGCGGUUUUUCCCAUUGGCCCUACAGAUUGCCAGCUUUUUAAAACUGCCCGAGUCUGAUGGAACUUCACGCAUACUGGCACAUUGGGCUUGUUAUAAGGUUUUGCAACCGUCACAGAAGAGUGAUGAACAGAUUGCUAAAGAAAUCAAUAGCAAAUUAGGUUACACACCUGGCAUAUCUUACACUGAUAUUGCUAACCGAGCUGACCAAGCUGGGAGGAAGCAACUAGCCAUUAAAUUAAUUGAAUAUGAAUGUCGACCAAAGGAACAAGUGCUGGUGUUGAUGCGACUAGGUGAAGAUCAAACAGCACUGAGAAGAGCAUUACAGAGUGGAGACACGGAUCUUAUCUAUACAGUUCUCCAUCAUUUGAGACAAAAGCUCUCUUCAGGAGAUUUCUUGAUGCUCAUCCGGAACUUUCCUGUUGCACAAUCACUUCAUAUUCGCAGCUGUCGAGAACUCGACAUGGAACAACUGAGAGAUAUCUUGGUUCAAGAGGAUGAUUUUUAUGGGCAAGGCCUCCUUAGAAUCAAAGAGGCUUACCAAUCUUCACGGGCAGAUUCUCGUCAAGCAUCACUAUUAGGGGCAGCAGAGCUCUUUAGGAAAGCUAAAAGUGAAUUUGCAUGUCAAAUGACAGAGGAGCAAAUAAAGUUAUUCAAAUGGCAGAUGAGGCUUGAGGAGAGCCAACAUAAACCUUACGCAAACAAGUCCCUCCAUGACACCGUCCACCAGCUGGUAUUGGAUGGACACAUAAAAGAGGCAGAAAAAUUGAGAGCAGAGUUUAAAAUCCCUGAAAGAAGAUACUGGUGGCUGCGGGUUGUUGCUCAUGCUGAAGCUGGUCAUUGGGAAGAGUUGGCAAACUUUUCAAAGAAUAAGAAAAAUCCUAUUGGUUUUGAGCCAUUUGUAGAUGCCUGUCUGAAAAAUACAAACAAAAUCGAGGCCCAAAAAUAUGCUAUGAAGGUCAAAGAUGAAAACAAGGUCACAUAUCUUACAAGAUGUGGACUCUUGGAAGAGGCCGUAAAAGUGGCUCAGGAGCAGCGUAGUGUGACGGGUCUAACUGAAGUGUUGGCUGCCUGUGGAUCCCAACACCAAGGUUUGCAGUCUCGCAUUCAAGUGCUGCUUAGUGAGCCAUCAAUAAGAAAUUAAAUUAUAAAUACUGUAUGUAUAAAUGAUGCCAAAGAAAGUACACUUGUAAGUAUUAAUAUUUGUGUAUAUAGUUGAUGGCUUGUUGCCCCCUUUGAAUUACUUUUCUUUGAGUAGUUGGCAUCAUCUUCCCCAAUGAUUCCUACUGCCCACAAGUGAUUAAAAAGAGAGAAAUUGAGGUCAUACUUGAACUAUUUGUUACAGAUUUCUGUGCUGGUUUGGCUUGAACUUACCACUGAAUAAAAGGAAUGUUAAAAAACAAAUCUUGUGAAAAGACCUGAAUCAUUAAAGAAAGAUUAUUCUUAAGAUCACAUUCAUGAAAGGGAAAUUUCCCUGAAAAAUGAAAAUUGAUAGUCAAGUAAUGAAUGUGAAUUUAUUGUUAAUUUUGCUCAAGCCAUUAUUAUGAGUGGCAUAAAACUUAAAGCAAUCUUGGGUCUUCUAAUCACCCAUAAAAAUGAUAAAUUGUAUUAUAUUUUGUCUAUAUUGAUUACAUAUGUCUUCUGUCAGGUAUUGUGCUGUUCUUUAUAAAUAUAUCUAAAGAUUUAAAUGUAUAUUUUAUUGCAUAAUUUAAUGAAAAAACUGUGUUUAACAAUUCUUCUGAAUAUAUGAUUUAAAUGUACGAAGGCUUGGUUGUCAUGAUGUAAAGAAAAUGUAACCAGAUGUGUAGUGGAAAUGAACAUAGGCAUUUUUAAGUCUUGUAAGGCCCUAUGAAUAUGUGUGCAUUGAACCACCAUAUAAUGAACUACUUACAAAAAUUUAGUCCAGUUAAAUAAUAAAUUAAUCAUAUAAUUUCACAUAUAUAUUUUGGCCAGAUCACAACCUCAUUGAAGUACAAAUUAGUAUUAACUCAUGCCAUGACCAAAAGAAAUGCCCAUCACAAGGAAUAUAUAACUCAUUGGCUGCUGAAGUAAAAAAUAAAUAUAAACUUUUAUAAUUCACUAAUGCAGUAUUUGUAAAACAAUUCUAAAUAAAAAGCCUAUCCCUCAUUCCUAAAAAUAUUUUAAACUUUGCUAGUAUUUAGUGUGCAUCAGCUGGUUGUGGAAGGUUUCCCUUCCCAUGUGUGUUGACGAGUCAUUUUGGGUUUCGUAAUGUUUGUAUGAAAAUUGCUGUGAAAAAUCAUACAAUUUUUUAACCAUGUUCACAUUUAUUAAUUUGUUGUUUUAAUGCAAAUUAUUUACAACCUAUAUAAAUUGUUUUAUAUAAUACAGUAUACUUUAUUUCACAGCAACUUGUAUUGGAAAAUAUACAUGAUAAGAGUAUUUGUUUCAUUUUCAGCUAAUCAAAAUUUAAAUGAAUAAUAAAAGGUAUUUACAGUAAA